UGUUCCUGAGCAGCCGCAUUUUAGAGGUGAUUUCUCUUCGUCUAGGGUUUCACCAAGCCGUCGUCUUUCGUCGCAUUUCCUCAACGCAACAAUGGUUCUCCAAAACGACAUCGAUCUGCUCAACCCUCCAGCUGAGCUCGAGAAGAGAAAGCACAAGCUCAAGCGUCUCGUGCAAUCUCCUAACUCUUUCUUCAUGGACGUUAAGUGCCAGGGAUGCUUUAACAUAACGACGGUGUUCAGCCACUCUCAAACAGUUGUAGUGUGUGGUAACUGUCAGACGGUUCUGUGCCAGCCCACUGGUGGUAAAGCCAGGCUCACUGAGGGAUGCUCUUUCAGGAAGAAGUGAGAGAAUGAUAUUUCUCACGUUAAUCAUCUUUUCACAAAUGUUGCUGUGAGAGAGAAGUCGGAUCUUUUUCAGUUUGCUUUAGUACUCUACUUAUUGUCUUAUUUUGACUGUCUUUCUUUUUUUUUGAUUAUGAGAAGAUUUUGAAACCAUCAUCAAACUACUAGUUCGGUUCCUCUACUUUCGUUUAUUUAUAAAUCAUUUCUCGAAUCGCA